GCAACUUUCGGGAAUGAAUAGAUUUUUAAUGGAUAUCGCUGAUUCAUCAUUGUAAAUGAUCUGUAUAAAUAGGCAAUUGCUCGUUUCAUUACUCCUUUUCUAAUAUCGGAACGUACUCCACUGGUAUGUCAGUGAGGUCAACAUGUCAAAAAUUUGCGUGUCUGUCAAGGAACGUUUGUUGAGUGUUGGAAUUUUAUGAAAUGAAAAAGUGAAUGUUGGUAUAUUAUUUGAGAUAUUUCCAGGUUAAUCGAGUGAUAUUUAAAAUAGUGCGAUCGAAUCGAAUCUAUCUUCAGUGAUCUUUAUAGAAGAAAGGAUUUUAAAAGAUGUCGGCCAAAGCUGUAAGAGAAGCUACGGGGAAGCAACUGAUAAAUAAGCAUCUCGGCGGAAACACGGCUUUUACACAAUGCAGAUUCGCGUCCGUCGACCCGGACACCAAGUUUUCCCAACUGGUGGCCGACAAUCCUUGGUUGAAAACCGAGAAAUUAGUCGUCAAGCCCGAUCAGCUCAUCAAAAGGAGAGGAAAAUUAGGACUGAUAGCAGUAAACAAGGAUUUCGACCAAGUCCAGCAAUGGAUCGCCGAACGCAUGAACAAGAACCAGAAAGUGGGCAACGCCACCGGAAAGCUCCGCAACUUCAUCAUCGAGCCCUUCGUGGCCCACAAGGAGGACGAAGAGACCUACGUUUGCAUAUACUCGCACCGAUUCGCCGACACCAUACUGUUCUACCAUCAGGGCGGCGUCGAUAUCGGCGACGUGGACAGCAAGGCUGUUAAAUUAGACGUACCGGUCGGUACCACGCCUGAUUUAGACGCCAUUACCAAGGUACUAUUAGGCGCCGUUUCGAGCUCGAAGAAGCAGAUGAUCGCCUCUUUCGUCUACAACCUCUACAAGUUGUACGUCGAUCUGUGCUUCACGUACCUCGAAAUCAAUCCGUUGGUGGUCACCGACAAGGAGAUAUUCGUGUUGGAUUUGGCGGCCAAAUUGGACGCCACCGCCGAUUUUAUCUGCAGACCGCAAUGGGGCGAAAUCGAUUACCCGCCGCCGUUCGGACGGGACGCCUAUCCGGAGGAGGCCUACAUUGCCGAUUUGGAUUCGAAAUCCGGAGCUAGUCUGAAACUGACCAUUUUGAACAAAUCCGGGAGGAUAUGGACGAUGGUCGCGGGCGGUGGGGCUUCGGUCAUUUACAGCGAUACGAUUUGCGAUCUAGGCGGUGCCGGUGAAUUGGCCAAUUACGGCGAAUAUUCAGGAGCGCCAACAGAACAGCAAACGUACGAAUACGCGAAAACGAUCCUCUCGCUAAUGACCCAGGAGAAACAUCCCCAAGGCAAGGUCUUGAUCACCGGAGGCGGUAUCGCUAACUUCACCAACGUGGCGGCCACCUUCAGGGGCAUCAUCACCGCUCUCGUUGAAUUUAGAGAGAGGCUCAUCGAGCACAAAAUAUCGAUUUUCGUGCGAAGGGCCGGUCCCAAUUACCAAGAGGGUUUGAGGCGUAUGAGAGAAGUCGGCCAGACUUUAGGUAUUCCUUUGUACGUUUUUGGACCUGAAACCCACAUGACGGCUAUUUGCGGUAUGGCUUUGGGUACUCGACCGAUUCCCUCUGAAAAUAACGUGGAAACGGCCACCGCGAAUUUCGCUUUGCCCAGCGGGGAAAAGGAGCCGAAUAAGCAACGUUUGGAACGCAAGGAAAUUCCCAAGGCCGCUGCAGUGGAGCACAGAGCAACAGCUGAAAAUGUACCAAACCCCGCACACUUAUCAUCACCAUCAUCAAAUUCACAGGGCGACGCGAGAUCCAGCCCGAUGUUCACCAAAGACACGAAGGCCAUAGUAUGGGGCAUGCAGAACAGGGCCAUACAGAGCAUGCUGGAUUUCGACUUCGUGUGCAGACGAAACCACCCGAGCGUCGUUGCCAUCAUUUACCCGUUCACCGGCGACCACAAACAGAAGUUCUAUUGGGGCCACAAGGAGAUCCUCAUACCGGUUUACAAGCAAAUGAAAGACGCCAUGACUAAACACGCGGAGGCCGACGUACUCGUAAACUUCGCCUCCCUACGAUCCGCCUAUUCGAGCACCAUAGAAACCAUGGAGUACCCUCAAAUCAGAACCAUCGCGAUCAUCGCCGAGGGCAUCCCCGAAAACUUCACGCGGAAAUUGAUCAAAGUGGCCGACGAGAAGGGCGUUUCGAUCAUCGGCCCCGCCACUGUAGGCGGCGUCAAACCGGGUUGUUUCAAAAUUGGCAACACCGGCGGUAUGAUGGACAACAUCUUGCAUUCGAAAUUGUACAGGCCCGGUAGCGUCGCUUACGUAUCGAGGUCCGGUGGUAUGUCCAACGAAUUGAACAAUAUUGUAUCCAAAGCCACCGAUGGAGUGUACGAAGGUGUUGCCAUCGGAGGAGACAGAUAUCCCGGUACUACUUUCAUGGAUCACAUAUUGAGAUACCAAGCUGAUGAUAACGUAAAAAUGAUUGUUCUUCUUGGCGAAGUCGGUGGUACCGAAGAAUACCAAGUGUGUGAGGCUUUGAAAACUAAGCGAGUUACUAAACCGCUCGUAGCGUGGUGCAUAGGAACUUGCGCCGGUAUGUUUACUUCAGAGGUUCAAUUUGGACACGCCGGUUCUUGCGCAAACUCUAAUCAAGAAACUGCCACCGCUAAAAACGAAGCCCUAAAAGCCGCCGGAGCUAAUGUUCCUAAUUCGUUCGAUUACUUAGGCGAUGUUAUUCAAGAUGUAUACGAAAAAUUAGUUAGACAAGGCGCUAUUGUACCAACACCAGAGGUUCCACCGCCUACUGUACCGAUGGACUACAACUGGGCACGAGAAUUGGGUCUUAUUAGAAAGCCAGCCAGCUUCAUGACCUCGAUUUGCGAUGAAAGAGGACAAGAAUUGAUUUACGCAGGCAUGCCGAUCUCUGAUGUCCUGCAAAAGAACGUCGGUAUUGGAGGAGUUAUUUCGUUGCUGUGGUUCCAACGGUGCCUACCGCCCUACGUAUGUAAAUUCUUCGAAAUGUGUUUGAUGGUAACAGCCGAUCACGGUCCAGCUGUAUCCGGUGCGCAUAAUACGAUUGUGUGCGCGCGCGCUGGUAAAGAUUUGGUCUCCAGCGUGGUGUCUGGAUUGUUGACCAUCGGGGAUAGAUUCGGCGGAGCAUUGGAUGGCGCCGCUAAAAUGUUCAGCGAAGCUUACGAUAAAGGAAUGCACCCCGGCGAGUUUGUUAACGCUAUGCGCAACAAAGGCCAGCUUAUUAUGGGCAUCGGUCAUCGAGUAAAGUCCAUCAACAACCCGGACCAACGUGUUAAAAUAGUAAAGGAAUUCGUGAUGGGUAACUUCCCCGCCACGCCGCUGCUUUUAUAUGCCCUUGAGGUGGAGAAGAUUACGACGUGCAAGAAGCCUAAUCUCAUCCUUAACGUGGACGGUGUCAUUGCUUGUGCCUUCGUUGAUAUGUUGAGGAAUUGCGGUAGUUUCACUAGGGAAGAGGCUCAAGAAUACAUCGAUAUCGGUUCGAUUAAUUCGUUGUUCGUCUUGGGAAGGUCGAUAGGUUUUAUUGGUCAUUACAUGGACCAGAAAAGGCUAAAACAAGGACUGUACAGGCAUCCUUGGGAUGAUAUUUCUUACGUUCUUCCCGAGCAAUAUAAUAAUGAUAAUUAGAUAUGCAUUUGUAGAUGUUACCGGUUAACGUGUAGUACUUUUGGCCGACAUUAAAGAGGUAGAUGAUAAUCUAAAAACAAGUAAGUGGUAAUACCAUGAAAUAGUUUAUCAUUUAAUAUAAUAUACAAAUUUAAAUUAUAGAACGAUACAAUAUUAGGUUCGAGUAUUCUUGUAAUACACUCGUUAUUAUUUUUUUAAUGUUAAAUUAUGUAUUUCAUGGUGAUAAAGCACUUACUUCGAGCACCUGGAGCGCCAGAAAUGGUGCCAUUAUUGUCGAGCACUUCAAAAUUUAAAAAAAAACACUGUUAUUGUAAAAAUGCACCAAUUAUUCUUAGGUGAAAAUUUUAAAAAGUUACGUUUUGUCUAUUAAUUUAUUAGUUUCAACUGUAAUUUAUAUUUUUAUAUGUAUGUUUAUUAUAAAGUGACAGCCAUGUUUAUCUAAAACAUGAGAAUUGGUAUGUUUAAAAAAAUGAAUAUAGCGUACUGACGCACACACAGGUUAUGUAGUUAUUUUAUCAAUUAAAUAAAGUUUCCAAC